AUGUCUUCCCACAUCCUCCCAUUACCACUCCUAGUGACCAUCCUCCGCGGCCUCCAACUGCUGAUCGGAAUCAUCCUCCUCGGUCUCUCCGCCUGGGGAAUCUCAGGACUAUCCUUCGACGGGGCCUCGCUCUCCUUAUUCACAGCGAUUAUAACGCUGAUCAUCGGCGUGUAUAACAUCGUCUCAUUCUAUAGCGUGAAAGCGGCCUACAACUACGUAAGUCCCCCCAAUUACUUACCCGUUGCCGAAUCUGUCGCUUAACCAACUCUACUGCAUCUAACACUAAAACCAGUGGGCAUCCCUCGCCCUCGAUAUCCUCGCCAUCGUAUUCUGGAUCACGUCAAUGGGGCUAAUGGCCUCAUUCGUGUCUUCGUUCAGCACAUACUCCGGGUAUAGUGGUUGCUACUACGGGUUCUGCUAUAAGCGAGAUCUCCAUCCCCGAACCAUCUACGCAACCGACACCUGGAUUGCAGCCAUGAAAGCCGUCGCAGGACUAGCUGGUCUCGAAGUGUACGUCCCUAUUCAUCCCCCUACACCCACCCACCCACAUCUCCUAUCUCUUGACCAUGGUCGGAAGAUCCAACAAACUAACAAAGCAAAGAAUCCUCUUCACAACAACCCUCAUCUUCACAAGCAUAUUCCUCCACAAACACCGCGCAGCAGGCGGCCACUCCAUGCCAUCAAAAGCAAAUACCACGCCAUCAGGUAACGGCGGUACCGGUGUAACUAGCGCCACAAUUCCACCACAGUACCAAGAGCGAAAGGACAUCGAGAUGGAAGCCGGGUCUUUAUCACAACAAGGCCCUCCUCAAUCUCAACAAUCUCCAGUUUACACCGCUCCAAUACCGACAGCACCCGCUCAACAGGUUACUCAGUAA